GUACGCCUACCCAACAGGUCCACAUAUUAUGCCUAAUCACGCAUGUAUCCUACGUUUCUCUGUAACACGGGAAGAUACAGAUGAUCCCUUGCGUGUGAGACAACAUCCGAGAGAUGAGAUCGAAGAACAAGGGAUCUUCCGAAAUAAUAUCUAUAAUGUAGAUUUCUGUUUUAAAAGAAAAUGCAUUUGGCAGAUAAUUGUAUCGCAGAAAGACGCAUAAGAUUCUGAUGCAGAAUACAUUUAAUUAAGAUUAAUGAAAAAGAGGGAAGGAAUGAUGCGUUUGCAGUUUAAUCGUUUUAUGUAUAGGUGUGACAGCGCACAUUAACGCAGUGCAAACGUGCUAAAAUACACAGUUCUGGGUUUAGAUUUUUACAGACAACAAGAUGAGCAGCGGCAGUAUAAACAACAUUUGCUCAAAUAUGAAAUUCACAAAGUGUGUGUGUGUGGCAGAAGCGAGAGAGAGAACAGAGGAAAAAACUGCAGCACUUUCUGACAGACCUGGCCUUAUUGGGAUCAUUGCAGGGUUUCCGGUACUUUCAACCUUGGCUGAGGGGGAGAGAGGAGCUACUCCUGACAGUAGUCAAUGAAGACCUGGGUUGGCGUUCCCCUGGGUUCAUGGUGUCGGCAGCGUCCUCCUUCAGUAGCAGUUCCUCAUCCAGCAGCACCAGUAGCACUUACAGCCUGGCAAGUGACGCCAGCUCCCCCCUGCCCGGGGACCACCAGGGGCCUCAUCAAGGCCCCCAGGGGCCACAAAGCAUGCUAAGGAAGCAGCAGCACUCAUCACAUGGGACCAACCACCAUGCCCACAAGGGCAGCAGUGAGGCCCAUCUCCUACCAGCCUCCCCCAGUGAGAGGGAGAUAGCAGUGCCUGAAGUGAAUUGCACUCUUUUCCUAUUGGCUGGCUACGCCAAGUAUGGUCGCCCGUACGCCUGGAUAAGGUCCAAUCACGAGCGCCUGGUCAACAUUGGAGGUACAGAUUCGAUGGUCAAGGACACGCCCAUGAAACUCAAGGCCAUCACGGACUGGGGAUCACAAGGAAUAAGGGUAUGGGAUGUAGUGAGUGAGCUGGUGUGUCUGUGCACCGUUCCAUCUCCCUCCAACCCCUUUGCCCUGGACAUGCGCUACCUGAAAAGCCUUCCUCUCCCAGAGCGCUUCCUGGUCUCUGGGGCUCUGCUUAACUUUCUGGAAACCUACGCUGUCUAUGGCAACCGGGAUGAGCUGCACUACGACAAAGUCGUAGAAGAGAUGAAGUCUCUGAGGCGUCUCCAUGUCCAGACUCUGUCUGAGGUCCAAAGAAGACCAGGCAGAAGCACCAGGCCAGCCACUCCCGUUUCAGGAGAGUCGUCAGAGGAAGAGUGACAAGGGUCAUAUUCUUUAGUGCACAGCACACCGUAGCAAAACUCUUUGGAAUGAAAAACUCUAAAAAAAAAUACAGUUUCUUAUAGGGCAAGUCCAGGGGUGCUUUCAGUUCAAUAUAACAUUUGCUAUGUUGGGUAACGGUUUGUACUGAACGACACGUUUCCUCAAAACGUUCAACGUUCUUAAACAAGACUUUGAGGUACGUUUGCUCUGAUUGGUAAUGUAUUUUAAGGGCAGCGGUGCAUUUUGAACCCACAACCAAACCCCCCCCCCCCCUCUCCAUUAUUCAACUGGUCAUUUCCGAACAGCACCGUUUCCUUUUAAUUGAACGCUCCACUAAUUUCUGUCCAACUUCAGGAUGUUUUCUUCCUUUUGGUGCCCCUGAACACAACCCUGAUGUGGUGGUCAGAGUCAACAUUGUAGGAUGGAAGGAGACUGAGGGGGUACUAGUAUAUCCCUGUUUGUGCAUGUUUAAUAUAGGUAAACAUAUAGCCAUAUUGAAUGAUUAUUUCCCCAACAGAGGUGUGAUCAAUGUGCCAAUAAGACAAUACAAAAGGGAACUAUUAUUUGUCCCCCCUGAAAAAUGCUCUCAUUCAAAUGUUCUAGCCCCAUAAAUAGGGCACAUUUGAAUGUAUUGUAUUCCAUUUCAAUGUGUUAAUGUACUGUAAUUUCACCUCUGUCACAGUGAUGUAGAGGUAAAUGUCAGUUUAAGCAAUUAUGAAAUGGGUCAGAAUAAAGUAUCCUAAGAAAUAA